AGAAACUUCUUUUGUUUUCUCCGCCCUUCAAGCGCUUUGAUCGAUUUCCCCCUCUUUGAGGUUUAGUCGAAGUCCGAUGUAAGGUGUGGAAAGGUCCGACUCGGUAUUUUUUGAUUAACCCUUUACUCCCGUGUUGUGUGGGGCUGGAGGAAGCAUCGAUCUUUAUUGCCUUAGAACAAUUGGCUGUAAUAUUGAAAUCGGUUUCUGAGAUUGGGCCCUGUGAAUUGCACCUGGCAUGCCAUGUAUACCAUGUUUAUUCAGAAGUAAGCCCCACUGAGUUCCUUACUCUGAGAGUCAUGGCUUCUGGAACAGCAUUGGUUUAUGAUAAUGAAAUGACCAGCCAUAAGCUACUUUGGGAUGACCCAAUCUGUGAUAUUGAAGUCCCUGAGAGGCUUUCUUCCUGCUACGAGCGCCUUAAGUGCUAUAAUCUGGUUGAAAGAUGCAUAUCUGUUCCUGUCAGAGAAGGAACUGAGGAAGAGAUCAUGUUGGUUCACAGUUUGGAUUAUUUGGAAAUUGUGAAGAGAACUCCGAAAAUGACGGAAGAAGAACUCCGAAAAACUUCAGCUGAUUAUGAAUCUGUUUACUUCCAUCUGAUGACGUAUCGCUGUGCCAAAUUGGCUGUGGGAGCAACAUUGGAACUGGUGGAUGCUGUGAUGUCAGGAAAAUCACAGAAUGGGAUGGCUCUAAUAAGGCCUCCGGGUCACCACAGCCAGAGAAAUGCAGCCAAUGGGUUUUGUAUAUUCAACAAUGUUGCUAUUGCGGCCAAGUAUGCCAAAAGAAAAUAUGGCCUGCAGAGAAUUCUCAUUGUUGACUGGGAUGUGCAUCAUGGACAAGGAAUUCAGUAUAUAUUUGAUGAAGAUCCAAGUGUUCUCUAUUUUUCCUGGCACCGGUUUGAACAUCAGCAGUACUGGCCUUCACUCAGUGAAUCUAAUUAUGAUGCAGCUGGUCAGGGGAAAGGAAGAGGAUUCAAUAUAAAUGUACCAUGGAAUAAGAUUGGAAUGGGAAAUUCAGAUUAUGUAGCUGCUUUUCUUCAUGUGUUACUUCCGUUGGCCUUUGAGUUUGAUCCAGAACUUGUUUUGGUCUCUGCUGGUUAUGAUUCUGGAAUUGGUGAUCCAGAGGGUCAGAUGAGUGCUACACCAGAAUGUUUUGCACAUCUUACUCAUCUCCUAAUGCAUUUAGCAAAAGGAAAAUUAUGUGUUGUUCUAGAGGGUGGAUAUCAUUUGAGGUCACUGUCUGAAUCAGUUUGUAUGACUCUAAAAACGUUGCUGGGAGAUCCUUUGCCACGUUUGUCUGGAGAAAUGGCGCCAUGUUUAAGCGCAGUAGAAUCAAUCCACAAUGUGAGAGCUGUACACAAACCACACUGGGAGUGUUUGAUGUUUGAAGACACAGUUCCAUUGCUAGACCUCAGUACCAGUCCCUACCAGAUGGGGGAGGCAAAGUCUACGCAGACUGGGGCUCAGCUCCUACCUCCACAAGAAUCUGGAAAGGCAAAUAGUGCCGAGGCCAUCAAAACGGAUCGGUUUUUGGAGCUGCAUAUGAAAAAAAUUGCGUUUCCGAUACCCCGCAUUAAAACAACAGUCGCUGUUGAUGAGAAGGAGAGAUGCUUGCUACCGCCAUCUGUUCAAGUUGAGAAGGCAACAGAUCCGAAAGAGCUCAAAGCCAUUCUCAGUGGAUUUGAUGCUGAACUUGUGAAAGAAGAAAAGGUCUUUAACUCGCUUGUGAACAUGUUGGCUGUGCUUGACAAAAUCAUUAAAAAGGAGGUGACCAACGGUCUGGCAGUAUCAUCUGUAGCUUCGCUUUCUUCUGCUGUUGCUCUGAAACAUUGCCAUAACCUGAAGAUACAAAAAGUUCUGUGUGUAUUUGUUGGUGACAUGGAUAUGAAGAUUGAUUUGGAUGAUGGUGAAGUUCUCCUGAUCAAUGUUGAUGCCAAUCCCCCUACAAAAUCUGAUACCAAAUACAAUAUAUCUGUAAACUGGAAAAAGGAUGUUGAGACAAACAACUUCUUUUCUGCUGCCCUUGGAUUCAUUCUUCCAGUAGCGUACAGCUACCAGCCUGACCUAACAGUCAUAGUUGUUGGACCAAAGCAGAGCGUUGGCAAAAAUGGGAUUACCUUGCUUAUUAGUUUGCUGCAAGGGUUGGCACAAUCUCACAUUCUUACUCUGAUUCAGGAUACAGAGGUUAAACUUUUGCAAGAUAUAAUCAAACCCUUGACGGGUGACUUUAUACCGUACUUUGGAACGUAUGCUCCAGAUUUAAAAGAGAAUGUGCAAAGGACAUUGGAAUUAAGAGAGCAAUUUCAACAGGAAUGGAAACUGCUUCAGUGUUCAGCAAAGGUCUCCACUGCUGAAAGAUGAAAUUUAUUUGGCUGUCAUUUUGGCGCUCUCCUUUGAUCUUCGCACAGAGAACAAAAAUAAAGAGAAAAGACUGUCCAGGAAAUCAGAAAAAAGAAUGAAAUGUGAGCUACACAUAAGGAAUAACACUGCAAGAAUCGUUCACAACUAUAGUCCACUUUAGGUGUUCUACCAGUAGAGGCUGUUCCAUUAGGACAAUGGGGCACUGCCCACCCACCUCAGUCUGCCCUCAGCUCCGCCACCACCUGCCUGCCUACUUGCAACAAGCCCAGAGGAUGGCAAUGGCUGUCACCUUCUUCCUCCUUGGUUUCAGUGUUGGUCUUGUCAAAAGUAAAUUCAAUUUAUGAGUAUUGUCUGAAUAAACUGUAUUGUUAAUAUACUGUACCAAACAUGAA